AUGUUUGAUGCACAGGCUGCAAGGUACUUGGAACAGCACGAGAAUGAUGAGGCACCGCUCACGGAUGAGGCACUUGAGGUGCACGUGCUUACAGAAGAAGGUGUUGCAGCACUUGAUCAGACCGCGACGGCAGGUAGAGUCACUUUCAGUCGGAAGUUGCAUUAUCUGCUUGCGAACUUGACGUCAGAGUCGGCAUUGCUUGUGGUUCGUCAGAACUACGACUCGAAUGGGUUUGAGACUUGGCGUCGACUUGUCAAGAAGUUUGCGUUGCCAGAUGCUGCGAGGCAUGUUUCACUUCUGACGCAGUUGCUUGACUUUCGGUUUGGGUCGCAUACGUUCGAGCAGGAUUUCAACACUUGGGAGACGAUCAAGACAAAGUAUGAGCGACAGACCGGCGCUGACUUGCCUGACAGCGUGCUUGUCGCUACGUUGUUGAAUAAGACUUCCGGUGCGCUCCAGCAGCACUUGAGGUUGAAUGCUCGGACCUUGACGACUUACGAAGACAUCAAAGCCACGAUAGUCGAGUACUAUCAGUCCAGGCACUUGAUCAUGAGCAACUCGUCUUCGUCGAAUCAAGGCCCAGCACCAAUGGACAUUGGAGGACAUGUUUCGGCAAAUUGUCCACUUGGUCGUGUGAGUGCGGUUGAUGAGAAUGCCACUUUGGAUGGCUCGUUUGAAGAUUGGUCAGUCGAUGACACUUGGCAAGUUGGUGACUUUGAGGAAGAAUGGUGGAGCGAUGACUUAGUCGCAGCGGUAGGACUUGGUUGGAGUGAUGAGGAAUGGUGGCCUGCAUGGGACGAUGGUUGGUCGUCCACUUGGAGUGAUUGGAACGACGACACUUGGAGUGUCGUGUCGCCACCACCUGCUGUUGAGAAGGCUACUUCAGCCCCGCCAUCGCAUGCUGCGGAGCCGAAGGCAACUUCGGGUGCCCCAGUGAGUGCUGUCACUUUGGGAACGCCGCCUGCGAGACUUUCCUCCGCGGCGAAGCCCAAGGCGACACCCAAGGCUACUUCGAAGGCCUCUGGACUUGCCAUUGCGGCAAUUACACUUGGGAGCAUGUUUGCUGGUACGCAGUCGUGUUUCGUUUCGCCAACUUGUGAUGCAUCGCUUGAUUGCAUGUUGAGUGGAAGCAUUGUGUUUGAUGGCUUUGGUCGCUCACUUGGUGCACGAAGUGAUGUGGCCACUUGGCAGUUGUCCCCUGUGUGCGACUUGCCGUUGAAGAAUGAAGCGAAUCAAACUUCGCUCUCGAAUCCGACUUCGUUGUCCGAUUGGGGUUUGGAGCACUUGAGUUCCACCUUCUAUGACCCCUACUUGGCCGAGCAUGAGGUUGCUGUUGCAUCAGUUGAGACAGGACUUGAGACUUGGAUCCUGUUUGAUUCCGGUGCUGCAGCAAAUUGCUGUCCCCCGGACUUUGCUCCGGACUUCCCGUUGUUGAAACUUGAAGAACGAGCACCUCCGCUUAAGAGCAUUUCAGGCCAGACUUUGCAGAUCUAUGGUCGAAAGCUUGUUGCCUUUGAGUUGGAUGGUCAGCGACUUUGGUUGAACUUUUAUGUGUGCGAUGUACCGUACAGUGUGAUUUCAGUCGCUAGACUUUUGCAGCAAGGAUGCAAGGCAGUGUUGACAUCUGAGGGAUCUCAGCUUGAAGGUCCCACGGGUGCAACUUUUCCUGUCACAAGACAUGGUUCACUUCUGUUCUUGUGUCCGACGCUUGCUGAAUUUGAUCCGAAUGAGUAUGCAGACUUCAGCAAAGGAUUCCAUGAACAGUUCGCAGUGAGACCUCCUCCUGGACUUGUUGCGCCGACCCUUAAGCCCACGUACUACCACGCGGACAGUUGGGUACUUGAUGAGGCCAACGCAACCUUGACGAGGCUUCACAAGCGUGGUCGAGCAACUUUGUUUUCUCCCGAAGGAACCAAGGAUCGGCCGGUUGAGUUGAAAGACUUGACAGGUGAACGUGUGACAGUCAUGAACUUUGAAGACGGUUCGUCUAAAACCUUGAAUGAUGAUUGGCGAAAAAGUGAUGAUCCCCGAGCAAAGCAGGAUAAGUACUUCAAGGGCAAAACCGUCUUCAAACUUGCUUCGAAACCAACAGGUAGGAGACUUGUAGGCAAGCAGUCAACUUUGCCCCGUCCUGAAGUUCAUGUUGAAAUGCCACCGCCUGUCCCAAGUUCUAGGACUUCAACCCAGAAACUUAGUCCAGAAGUUGUCCUGCGAGAUCAUGGUGAAUAUGCUGAUACUUUCCGAAAGCGAGUGUUUGACUUGGUGGCGGAUGAAGCAGUUGAUCCCAUGAAAGGUCUUGAGAACUUUGUGAAGAGAUCACUUGAUGAUGUGGAUCCACAGACCAAUGAGGCCUACACCCACGACACUUGGGUGCAGUUGCCAACCAUGUGGAUUAGACUUCACCGUCAGCCACGAAAGAACUUGUUCGUGCCUUCAGAGCGUUCCGAAGGCGGUCCGAACUUGAGCGAGUUAAGCAAAGCACGGGUUACAAUACAACUUGACGAUCAUGGGAGCAUGAAGGUUGAUGAAGACGAUUGGACACUUGAAGGUGCAGAUCGUGACGUUGUUGAACCCUUUGCUUGUGGUGGUGCGACUUGCUUUGAGAAGCGUGACUUGUAUGUCAAGGAGAUUCCCGAGGUGGCCGAACCUGACUUGUUUGAGACAUCGGCCCGGCGACCGAGAGGACUUCCUGCGCCCUCGGAGCCGACGCUCACGGAGCGUAAAGAGCAUGAACUUACGCACCUGCCUUUUCGUUCUUGGUGCCCGAUUUGCGUCCGUGCAAAGAGCAAACAGAACCACAGCAGGACUUUGAAAACGAAGCAGCCGGUCGUUCAACUUGACUACUGCUUCCUUGGAGAUAAUCCUGAAGAGCCCCAGGUUACUCUCCUCACCGCUGUGGACUUGCUGUCGGGCAUGGGACUUUCGUGCGUUGUUCCAGCCAAAGGCCGCUCUGUCUAUGCUCAGGCAGAACUUCGGAGAUACAUCCUUGAAAUCGGGCGCACUUUUGGCAUCUUGCAAAUCGACCCCGAACCCUCACUUAAGGCUUUGGUUGCUGAGUUCACUUCGGAGGUUGUUCACUUUCGCAAAAUUGGCAAAUUUCCCAAAUCGGACGCGGCUUGGGAAGAAGGACUUUGGCUCGGAAGAGACACAGAGUCCAACCAGCACUUCGUUGGGACACCCCAGGGUGUGAUAAAGAUCCGUUCACUUCGGCGUAGACCGCCGUCUGAGCAGCUCGACUUGGCACUUGUGCAGUCCCUGACGGCAACGCCCUGGGACCCUAGAGGCACAAAAGUUGAGACAGAUCACUUUGUCUUUCCACCGCAGCAGCCGAGACCUGGAGAGAACUUGGUUGAGCCACCAGACGAUCCGGAUGCCAUUCCGGAAAACUUAGGAAAUGCUGGUGACCUGGCGCAAGAACUUGAGCAAGACAUGUUGCGUGAGCUUCAGUCGACUUCGGAAACCCGCACGGCCGCCGACUUGCCAGUGCCUGAGGGACCGAUGGAUGCUGAAGAACUUGCAGAGAGGCAGGACAAGCGCAGUCAUGAGGAACCUACUUCCUCCGCUGAAAGAGCUUCCUCUGAGCCUGCGACUUCGCGAAGGCGCGUAGGCGUCACGACGGAGCGCAAGCGCGACACUUCAGAGGUCCCUGAAGCAGCGACGAAAGUGCAGCGCAUUUCGUCACUUGUCCGCUCGCCUGACCAGCAGAUGCGAAUUUUCGACUUGAGAAUUUCUGCCGUCACCACGAAGCAGGAACUUGAGGUUCCUGUGUGCGUCAACCAAGAUGAAACAGAGAUCUCACUUGCUGAGCGUUUGAGCAAUCCCUUGUUCUGGCAGUCGCCUGAAUUCACUUACGAAGAAGAAAAAGCUGGCAUGAACAAGGAAAUGAAAAGCAUGAUCGACUUCGACGUCUUCACGGAGCAGAAAAUGUCAGACCUGACGCCAGAGCAACUUGCGACUGUAAUAUCCACAAAGUGGGUUAAAGUUCGCAAAGGCGAUGGCACUUGUCGAUGUCGACUUGUUGUCCGUGGUUAUGACCAGCUCAUUGAUGAUCCGGAUGACACUUAUGCGUCUACGCCCAGCUUGUUGACGUUGAAGACCUUGUUGACUUUGGCGGCGCAAGGUUUCCAGUGCAUGAAGAGUGAUCCGAACCUUUACUUUCAUGCAGGUCGGAAGGUUUAUGUGUUGUGCUACGUUGACGACUUGAUGUUGUUCGGCGCAAAGAAGGACGUUGAUGCCAUUGUAGCUUCACUUCAGAAAGAGUUGCUCCUGCGUAUAACCGGUGAGCUUGUCGAAGGUUCAGAGGCUACUUUCCUUGGCAGAAAGAUGCGUCGCACGCCGACUUCCGUUGAGAUGUACAUGUCCGCGACUUACGUUGAAGGUAUGCUUGCUGAGGCUGGGAUGUCCACUUGUAAACCGGCUCCGUCUCCUGGCACGGAUGCGUUGAAGAAGGUUUCCGAGACUGCGGAAGCACUUAAUCCUGAGGAGCAUAAACGGUAUCGCAAACUUGUCGGUCAGCUCUUGUGGAUGUGCAACUUGCGCAUGGACAUCAUGUAUGCCGUGAAAGAGUUGUCGCGUGGACUUGCGUCUCCUACGACGGAUCAUUGGGCAAAGUUAAAGCACUUGCUUCGGUAUCUUGCAGGUACCAAGGAGUAUGUCCAAGAACUUCGCCCGAACAUCCGGUUGUCUGAAAAGGCUGCGCAGAAUUGGCGGUUGGUCCAACCUACUUUUCCAGCUGGUGAGACUUUGCUUGGCCUACGCGAUUUGGCGAUUGAAGAGGCGCAGCAUUGGACUUUGGAGAUGCAUCAGCGAGCCUUUGUCCAGGACACUUACGCCUCAUUUUCGACUUUCUCCAACUUUUGGCGACAUGAGGUCUUUAUGUCGAUACUUUUCAGUGGAUUGCAGAAGGAGAGACUUACAAUUCGGCAACUUCUGUUGAUUCCACGAGAUCCGAGAACCAACUUUCUGUUGGUGGUGCCGCUCUUGUUCGUGCUUUUUCCGGGACUUUAUCAUCCUGGUUCGAGGCAGUACCCAGGACUUUAUCAUUCAGUCCAUGGGCCUCCUUUGUACUUUACCUUCGAGCUGCAAUGGAUUACUUCAUUGGCAAUCGAGAUGCUGGGAGUCCACUUGUUUUCUCCUCAAGAAAUUAACUUCAUGCCGUGGACGUGUUACAUUGUGUUGCCGCGGUCGACUUGGGCAAGGCUUAUGCAGCGACUUGUGACACAAAGGGUGCUUGUCAUUACCCCAGCCGACUUGGUUUGGACUUCUGGGAUGUUGAAUGUAGGGUUCUCCCUACGAUCAACUUUACUAUUCACCAUAUUUAACUUUCAGUUUCAUCCUGGGAGAGCAGAGUAUCAAGAAUCAUUCGUUGCACUUGGCUUCAGUAUCUCUGGUCAAACUUUCGGUGCAAUGAUGUCUUCUGGAGGCAACAUAUGGAACAGACGAUACCGAGAUUACUUCAUCAAGCUGCCACUUCUGCAACUUUUCCACCCGGCGGAGAUCGCUACCCUGGUGUCGUUUACUUGCACAAACCAGGCACUUACUUUUGCAAGACUUGGGGAAAUGUACCACAACUUUAUCCAGGCGGAAACCCAUUUGUGGUUGGGCCACAUUCCACUUCACAAAGCGUGGCUGCGACCUGGAGAAGCUGAACUUGGUGACGACGAGACGGUUGAUCCUCACUUGGUUCGGAGGAUGAUGCAGUAUGACCUGCAUCGGCCCAAGCUUUGA